AUGGCCCAAUACGCCGACGAGAAGGCAAGCGCUAAAGAUGGCGUCGAGACUUCUGUCUUUACCGUGGACGAGCAGGCAGAGCGUCUCGACCUGGCACAGUUUGACUUUACGGAGGAGGAAAGCCGCCGUAUCGUGCGCAAGUUUGACUGGCACAUCCUUCCAUUCAUCUGGUGGUGCUAUCUCUUCAACUCGCUCGACCGCUCCAACGUUUCCAACGCCAAGAGUGAUGGCAUGACCACCGACCUCAACUUCCCUGCCAAUGGCUACGCAGUCAUGUUGUCGACAUUCUACGUUCCCUUCUCCGUCCUCGUCGUUCCUGGGGUCAUGCUCACCCGCAAGAUUGGCCCUAAGUGGACCAUUCCCGGUUACAUGGCAGGUUGGGGGACUAUGGCCAUGCUCAACGCAGCCGCCAAGAGCUAUGCUGGUGUGCUGGUCGUCCGUAUCCUCUUGGGUGCCUUUGAGGCCGGCUUUGCCGCCUCUCUCAUCUUCUACCUCACAACGUUCUACAACCGUGGCGAGCUUGGCGCACGCGUCGCCGUCUUCUACUCGUGCAACGCUCUCUCCGGCGCCUUCUCUGGUUUGAUCGCGUACGGCGUCUUCCAAAUGGACUCGAAGAUUUAUGGCUGGCAAAUCCUGUUCCUCGUCGAGGGCGCGUUCACUGUCGCCUUUGCAGUUCUCACGGGGAUCUGCCUUCCGUGGUCCAUCGACUCGGCGCGAUUCCUCACGGAACGCGAGCGUGAGGUCGCCCGCAUGCGCCUGCUCAAGGACGGCAGCGCCACUGUCGGCUCCAAGUUUGACAUGCACAAGUUCUUCAAACCGCUGGGCGACUGGAAGUUUUACGUCUUUGCCACCAUUGCCCUGUGCUAUGGUAUCGCGGCGUCUGUUGGCGGCAACUUCCUCACCCAGAUCAUCGGCCGGUUCCACUAUUCGACCGUCAAGACCAACCUGUUCACGGUCGCGCCCUUCGUGUGCGGUACGAUCGUGCUGCUCAUCACUGCCUGCUCGUCAGACUACUUCCGCGAGCGCGGUCUGCACCUCGCUUCGAGUUUCCUGUUCGUGAUUGUAGGCUGCGUCAUCCUCGUCGCUCUGCCCGUCACGUCGGUCGGCGCUGGAUACUUUGCCACCUUCCUCAUCACCUGCGGCGCCUUCACGCCUUCGGUGCUGUUCCACACGUGGCACCAGUGCAACGACCCAAGCGAGGACGGCCGUUCCUUCCGCGUGGGCGCGUUCACGUUCUUGGCCAACGUGGGCGGUAUCGUGAGCGCCAACAUCUUCCUCGACAAGUGGUCGCCCGGAUAUGUCAUUCCGUUGGCCAUCACGGCUGGCGCAGAGGGUUUGGCGCUCAUCCUGGUCGUCAGCCUGCGCAUGUGGAUGUGGGCAGACAACCGCCGUCGCAACAAGGAGCAAGGCGUCAACUGGCAGUCCAAGGAUGUUCCGACUGCGGCCCUUGCUGAUGGGCCGAGUAACCCGGAUUUCCGCCACUUCUACUAG